CCCCCCCCCGCGCCCCACCAUGAUCGAGGUCUCGGCGGCGCUGCUGCGGGGCGCCGUCUUCCUGGCCGGGGAGGCCCUCGAGUGCCUCGUCACCCUCCGCAACCCGCUGCCGCCCGACGCCACCUCCGCCUCCAGCGAGAUGCUGGCCUGGGCCAGCGCCCAGGUCCACUGCCAGCUGCACGCCAGCGAGAGCCGGGUGGCGCUGCCCCCUUCGGAGGACGGCAGGCAGGACGUCCAGGCCGAGAGCGAGACCGUCUUUGUCCCCAACCGAGGGGAGCGGGGCCAGUGUGUCCUCUCGACGCCCCCCAAGAUCCUCUUCUGCGACUUGCGGCUGGAUCCUGGCGAGUCCAAAACCUACGCGUACCGCGAGAUGCUGCCGGUGGACGGGCCGCCCUCCUUCCGGGGCCAGGCGGUGAAGUAUGUCUACAAGCUGACGGUGGGCUGCCAGCGCGUCGGCUCCCCCAUCAAGCUCCUCCGCGUCCCCUUCCGGGUGCUGGUGCUGCACGGCCUCAAGGACUACCAGCUCCCCCAGGAUGAAGCGGUGGCCCCUUCCAACCCCUUCUUGGAGGAGGAGGAGGAGCGGGGGGCCAAGAAGGACUCCCGGCUGGCCGACUUGGCCACUGAGCUGCUGAUGGUGGCCACUUCCCGGCGGAGCCUGCACCUGUACAACAUCAGCAACUCCCGCGGCAAGGUGGCCACCUUGUGCCUCUUCAAGACCGUCUACAAGCUGGGGGAGGACGUGGUGGGGACCUUCAGCUUUUCCGAGGGGGACAUCCCGUGCCUGCAGUACCUGGUGAGCCUGCAGACGGAGGAGCGGGUCCAGGAGGCCUUCCGGCGCCAGCGGGGGCAGCCGGCCUCCUACAGCACCCACGCCCGCCAGCGGGAGGCCUGCCUGCACACCGCCCGGACCAGCUUCAGCCUGCCCGUCCCCCUCAGCACCGCCCCCGGAUUCAGCACCAACAUCGUGUCUCUCAAGUGGAGGCUGCACUUUGAGUUUGUGACCUCCGGAGGAGCCGUGGAGAUGGCCGUGGCGGCCUCGGAGGGCCCGGCAGAGGCCGUCAGCUGGACCGGGGUGGAGCAGGUGGAGGUGGACACCUUCAGCUGGGACCUGCCCAUCAAAGUGCUGCCCACCAACCCCCUCCUGGCCUCCUACGUCUCCCAGUUCCCCAGCUCCAACGCCCUCACCAUCUGAGCCCCGGCCGGGCGCGGGGGGGGGGGGAGCUUGGGCUGCUCCCGGAGGCCUCUGGGGCUGCCAGCAAGGCGUGGCUGGGCAGUGAGGGUGGCCCCAUGCAUCCCCCCCACCCCGCCCCGCCCCGUGGGUCUGGCGAAGGCUGCCUCUGGGCUAGGCCCUUGCAGGCUGCCACCCAGACAGCCAUCCCUGCCGGUGGCCCGAGGGAGCGGAGGUGGGAGGCCGUGGGUCCCUCCCCACACGAAAGUGGGUCCCUUGUGUGUAGCGUGUGUCUCUCUGGAGCAAUAAAAAGGUGACCCAGCA